GAGAAGGAAAAAAAAAAGAAUUUUUUUUUUUUUUUAACUAAUAAAGAAAAACAAAAAUUUAUAUUGAUAGGUGUGCUAGGCAAGUUUUUAAGCACUUUGUCAAUAUCUAGCUCUGCUGCAUUUGGAUUUUCUCUUCAGAGUCUGGGCUCAGAACCUCAUCCAUGAAGUUUUCCUGAGGUUAAAACCAGUGAGGAAUAAGAGGACUGAGGUUUUUAGAUAAUGCUGAGGAAAGACAUAUUGACAGUAGUCUGAUGGCUGAUUCUGAUUCAGAGUCUUUGCAAUCUGAUGUAUUGGGCCUGAGAAAUAUAAGCAGCUCACUUUUCAGUAUUCCUGGUUUCAUUGUAGGGUUUGGUUCAAAAUGUUUAUCGGAGUCGGACUCAGUCAGGAGCCCUACAUCUCCUUUGGAUUUGAAACUUUUUUCAAAUCUUAGUAAUCCGUUUAGUCUUAAGUCCCCAAGAUCACAAUUCCAAAGUGGGCAACGAAAGAAGUGGGAUUGCAAUAAAGUAGGCCUUGGAAUUGUAAAUUCACUCUUGAAUGAAACCAAACCUUCUGUGGAAGUACUUGAUUCACCUCGGAGGAAGAAUGUCAUUUUUGGACCACAAGUGAAGACCAACAUUCAUAAUACCCCAAAGCAUUACCUUGAAUCACUUAAUUCUUCUGCAAAAUCCAAUUCUUUGCCUAAAAACUACAUCUUUUCCCCACUUCGCAAAACCAGGACUCUUAGUCCCCAAUUAGGUGGCGCAAAUGUUGUCUUUGGGGUUGAAGGAGUUUCUUCAGAAGUUGAACCAAUUAAAACUAUUACAUCUUGCUUGUCGGAUACCACCAGGUCUUCCUCCUCACAUAUUGACUUAACUCAGACUUGUAGUUUGAGUUUGAAGAAUUUUUGUCCUGAGAAUAAAACUUCCAUAAUGAGUUCACCUUUGGUAAUUAGUGAAGGUUCACAAGUAGUAAAUUCUUUGGGUAACAAACCAAGUUCGCUUCCAAUUCCGAUUGGCUUGAGCCAUGGGCUUAUAGAUUCUCUUUCUGCAAAAGAGAUAGAGCUCUCUGAGGAUUAUACCUGUAUAAUUUCUCAUGGUCCAAAUCCUAAAAAAACUCAUAUUUUUGGUGACUGUGUUUUGGAUUGUCCCACAAAUGAGUUGGCCAAUUUUGGUAAGAAGGAAGAAUCAGGGGUUAAAUCGCCUGAAGUGCCUAAGAAUCCAAAUGGAAUAACCCCAUCUCACUCUGAUGAGAUUUUCAGCUUCUGUUAUUUUUGCAAGAAAAGACUGGAAGAGGGGGAAGACAUUUACAUAUACAGAGGUGAUAAAGCAUUUUGCAGUUUUGAGUGCCGUGCUGAGGAGAUUUUUGCCGAGGAAUCAGAGAUAGCUUACAAUAACACUUCUGAAAGCUCUCCUGAAUCAAGCUACCAUGAAGAUUUCUUCAUAAUGGGUAUGCCCUUUGCUUCAUAAUGGGCUGUGAUUGCUGUCUCCAGGCUCCCAUGUCAGUGAUUGAUGAAGUUGUCAAACUGGUGCAGCUAGAUCGUCUAUUUAUAAAGAGCUGUGUAUGUUAAUCUGUUUGCAGCCAUGGAUGAUCUCUAGUACAUUUUGUCAUUUGCUAGUUGUGUUUCAACUUUUUGCGGUAUGGGCAAGUCAUGGUAGGCACGGCGUAGAGCUUUUUCUGGAGACAAUAGAUAUAGUCCGAAGCUUGUUGUUUAUCCUAUAAUUUUGAUUAGAUGGGUUGGAAGUGGCUGGAAGCCCUCGCCCAUCAGUUUUCUUAUCUUUUGUAUUCCUGCCUUUGCCCUUGGUGAGAGUUCAUGUAGCAGCUUUUGAACCUAAUGAACUCGUUAAUGCAUGCAUGCGGCAUUUACAAAUUAAAUGGAACUUAAUUAUUUGUGAUA